AUGUACAAAUUUAAAUCAUAUUUACAAUUAAAUGAUAAAUUAUCACAGCUCUGGUUAAAUAAAUAUACGAUAAUUUUAUUACUCUCAUUCUUCAAAAUUUUUUUUUUCUAUAUUUCGAUAUGUAAUGAAUUAAACAGCUCAAAACAAUUCAUUAUAUCUCAUUGUAGAACUAUUGAUUUAAUAUAUUACAAUUUUUUAACAAAUACACAUUCCUAUUUGAAUUCAAUAAGUAAUUAUUUAAUUAAAAAGGCAAUGGAAGAAACAAUAAAGUCUAUUCUAACCAUAUUGUCACUUUUAGUAACUGCGAGUGAAGAAUUAGUAACUUUUAUCAUCGAUUUAUAUCUAGGCACCUAUACCUGCUUAUUGGUGAGUACUAUUGAUGGUGCUGUCGAUAUAGCAACAAAUACCACCGAAAAUUUGAUCAGCAUAGUAAACACUACUGUAUCCACUUUCGCCGAUGAUCUAGAAAAUGGAUUAAAUGAUGUUUCGAUUAUAUUGAAUAAAAUAAUUUCGAGCGUCUCUAAGAUAAAAAAUUUUUUCAAAAAUUUAGAUUCAAAUAAUAGUAACAAAGCAAGUGAGGUUACAGAUAACAUUAAAAAAGUAAAUUUAACUAUUAAUUCCUUAAGAAAGCUUUAUAUUUCGCCAUCAAUAAAUGUGAAAUUAAAAGAACUAUCUGCGAAGACACCAGACUUCCACACUGUUAAAAAUGAAACAAAAUCUUUAAUUACAAAACCUUUCCAGAUCAUUAAAAAUGAUAUUGCCUCAAUAAAUGUUUCUAAGGUUAUAGCAAAAAGUAAUAUACAUAGCGUAUAUCAAACGCAUAAAGUAGCUAAAGAUAAUACGUCCUUCAUUGGAAUUUGCUCUUCAAAUACACCAGAUAUUGAAUUUUUUUUUCAGGAACUAAAUAAAAAUUUAAAAACUGUUACAAUUAUUUUAUUGGUAUUGCUAGUAUUUGGUGCAUGUGUGAUGAUGCUACCCGAAGCAUGGAAAGAGAUCAAACAAUGGCAAAAAUUGAAACAUUUUGAAAGGGAUAUAUUUGACAAAUACAACGACAUUCUUAUAAUAAUGAAUGAUAAAAAAGAAUAUGAAACAGAUUCCAAUAAUGAUUUAGACGAUUCCUUUGAUGUAAUUGAAAGUUUUAACAGGUACUUCAAUGUUUGGCAGACAAAAAUUUAUGAUUUUUUGAUCUUUCUAUUUACUUUUAAUAAGAAAAAUUACCCAAUGUCAAAAAGAAAAAAGUUAUCCUGGUUUAUUUCAUAUAUUGUGUCGGAAAGGGCAAUUUUUGUUCUUUCAAUUGGAAUUCUUGGAAUCAUUGUGUCAUGUUUCCAAUUAAUAAUUUUAUGUGUAUUGAAAAGACACAUCAAUAAAAUUGAAUCCUAUGCAACAAAAAAUUUCGUCAACUCAUCAAAUUUAGAUUUUUUAAAGAAAGACCUUACAAUAUGGACCCACAAUACAAAUCAAUAUAUAAACUACACAGAAUCAAAUAUUAAUGAACAAAUAUUUGGAUGGGUGACGACUGGAACAAGUUCUGUUAAUAACACUGUUAAAACAAUGAUUAACGGUAUAGACACAACACUAUCAGAUCUUUUCAAAGGGACUUUACUCUAUAAACCAAUGACUACUGUGGUGAAAUGUGUUAUUGAGGAUAAAUUAUAUUCCAUAGAACAGGCUAUGACAUGGAUCCACAAUAAAGCACAUGUGUCAUUUCCUCAAAUAAAUUCCACAGAGUUGGUUUGGCAACUUAAAACCUUAAUAACACAGAAUAGCACUAUAAGUGUUAACAACAGCAUAGCAUCUGAAAAUACUCACAAUCAAGAGCCACUAGUAAUGAAUAUCUGGAAUGAAAUACAGAUUCUAUUAUCAAGUGUUUUGAAUAGCCUUCAUAAAACAGUAAUUUUGGAAUUAGUUAUUUCCUGCAUCAUAAUCAGUAUGUGGGUUAUUCAAAUUCCAUUAGCCAUUCUCAUAAUGUUGCAGAAACAGACACAGAGGCGUUAA